GCCCGACCGCCCAAGUGUGCGGGCUCGUUGCCGCCUGGAGCUAAGGUGCACGAGAGCGUUGAGUUCCGUGCGUCCCGGGCCGCGCAGGAGCACAGGUCGGGUUCGGUUUUUCUUUGCCCGGCUGGGGUGCACAGAGGGCACGGGGUUCGGAUCCCUCGCCGCAGAGGAACAGCUGGCCGGGACCGGGGGAAGCCCGAGCUGACCAUCGGCCCGCCGCCGCCGGCAGCCGGCCCGCCGUCAUGGCCGACCACCUGAUGCUGGCCGAGGGCUACAGCCUGGUGCCGAGGCCGCCGCCCGCCGCGCCCGCUCAUGGCCCUCACGCGCUCCGGACGCUGCAGCCGUACUCGGGCCCGGGCCCGGACAGCGGGUUGCGGCCGCGGGGGGCUCCGCUGGGCCCGGCGCCGCCUCCACCGGGGGCCCUGGCAUACGGGGCCUUCGGGCCGCCGCCCGCCUUCCAGCCCUUUCCGGCCGUGCCACCGCCGGCCGCCGGCAGCGCGCACCUGCAGCCCGUAGCGACGCUGUACCCGGGCCGCGCGGCUGCGCCCCCCGGCGCCCCAGGAGGCCCCCCAGGCCCGCAGCCGGCGCCCGGCGCCCCGGCCCUGCCACUGCCGCCGCCCGCGCACGCCCUGGGCGGCAUGGACGCCGAGCUCAUCGACGAGGAGGCGCUGACGUCGCUGGAGCUUGAGCUCGGGCUGCACCGCGUGCGCGAUCUGCCCGAGCUCUUCCUGGGCCAGAGCGAGUUCGACUGCUUCUCCGACUUGGGGUCGGCGCCCCCCGCCGGCUCGGUGAGCUGCUGAGCGAGGCCAGGCCGCCUGGCCUGCCCAGGAGAAGGGGGCCGGCCCGCCCACCGGACUCCGCACCCAGCGCCUGGGCCCCGCACGCACCCUCCGUGAGGGUGGAGGCAGCGGUUAGGGCACCGAGCCUACGCCGGGCUGGGACGCCUGGCCUCACUCCAGGCCCUGCCUCCUGCAGGAUGACAGUUUGGGUUCAUCUCUCUGACCUGGAGCCUCAGCGGUAAAGUGAAGGGGACUGGACCCCCCUUUCGGACUCCCAGUUCUUAGAUUCUGUAUCCUCUCCUGUCGGACUCUCCCCCGCCCCAACCCCCAAUCUGAGCCAUCCCAGGCCUCUGCCUGAGUCCCCCUCUCCUUGUGCAACCCACUGUGGCCACUGGGUCCCUGGAGCCGCCCACCUGUCAGGCCCCCACACCUGCUGCCUGGGCCCUGAGGUCGCUGGGCCUCCCGCCCGGGGAGGAGCAGAAUGUACUGACCUCACCCCUCCGGAGUAGGGCAAUGCCCCAUCUGGCCUCCAACACCAAAAUAAAACUGGGUCACUUUCCA